AAAAUGUUCAAACGACCAGUUACAGGAAAGCUGAAAACAGCAGCUGCCCAACAGGCAAAGAAACCUGUUGCAAACACCAAAAAGACGGAACAAACAGAAAUUGAUAUCGUAUCAAUGAUACAACAACGUGAUUUUUCUGGUGCUAUUGCAGUGUUGGAGUUCUUUAAGGGGCUCGGAAAGGAACAUCCAAGAGUGAGACCAACACUUCCAUGGUUGGCCUAUUGUUGUUUUCAUUUAGGAGAAUACGCUAAAGCAAUUGAAUAUUUGGAAGAGUUAUACACUAAAACAAAGGAUUCAUUUGUAUUCCUUCAUAUUGCUUGUUGUUAUUUCUUCUUAGGAGAAUAUGAAGAAGCUUAUGAAGCUUGCAUUAAAGGUCCAGAUAAUCCACUCCAAAAUAGAAUUUUGUUCCAUGUUGCAGAUAAACUCCAAAAAGAGGAUUUAGUGAAUCAAUGUCACAAAAAAUUGAAUGAUAACAAUAUUGAAGAUCAAUUGAGUUUGGCUGCAAUGCACUUUUCUAGAAACCAAGUUCAAGCAGCUGUAAAUAUUUACAAAAAUAUAUUGAUGGAGGACAGUUCAUUUGAAGCAUUGCAAAUCUAUGUAGCUCUUUGUUACUUUAAAUUAGAUUUCUUUGAUAUUUCUUUGGAAGUACUGAGCAGUUAUCUUCAAAAACACCCAGACAGUCCAACAGCACUUAAUCUUAGAGCUUGCAACAUCUUCAAGACAUAUUCUGGAAAGAAAGCAGAAGCUGUUCUCCAACCAAUUAUAGAACUCCAACAAACUUCACAUACUGCUGAAAACUAUUUGAUCAAGCACAAUAUGGUAGUUUUCAGAAGUGGAGAGAAUGCUCUUCAAGUGCUUCCUCCUCUUCUUGAUAUUUUACCAGAAGCAAAGCUAAACCUUGUAAUAUACCAUUUAAAGAAUGGAGAUGUAGAUGAAGCAUAUGAAUUAAUUAAGGAUUUGGAACCAAUGAAAGCAAGUGAAUAUAUUUUGAAGGGUGUUGUUAAUGCAUGUAAAGGACAAUUACACGAUUCGAGAGAACAUCUCAAAAACGCAGAACACUACUUCCAACUUGUUGGUACAUCAGAUACUGAAUGUGACACAAUUCCAGGUAGACAAUGUAUGGCAUCAUGCUUCUUCUUGACAAAACGUUUUGCCGAUGUAAUAGUAUAUCUUCAAUCUGUAGAAAACUUCUUCCAAGAUGAUAGUGAUUUCCAUUGGAAUUAUGGUAUUGCUCACGCAUUUGUUGGAAAUUAUAAGGAAGGAGAAAAAGCACUUUCAAUGGCUGCAGAUGAAAGUUACAAGAGAGAUUAUGUAUAUAAUAGUUGGUUAGCAAGAUGUUACAUUAUGAACAACAAACCAGAGUUAGCUUGGGAAUUAUAUUUGAAAAUGGAAACCUCAAUAGAUGCUAUGAAUCUGCUCCAAUUAAUAGCUAAUGAUUGUUACAAGAUUGGAUCGUAUUACUAUGCUGCUAAGGCUUUCGAUGUUCUGGAAAGAUUGGAUUCGAAUUCUGAAUUUUGGGAAGGCAAGAGAGGUGCUUGUAUAGGUGUAUUCCAACAAAUAGUAAUAGGAAAGGAAUCGAGUGAAACUUUACGUGAUAUUGUCCACAUGUUGAAGAAUUCAAGCAGAGAAGAAAAGAAUAUUAUCCUUCAAAUUAUUGCCAAAUGGGCUCAUGAAAACAAUCUCAUCUCAAAUUAAUAAAUUAUCAUAUAUUGUAUUG